AUGUCGGACGGAGAAGAGCCCACGUCGCCUGUCGCUCCGGCGGACGAAGUCGAAGUCCCUGCGGAUGCCUCUGGAUCCUCUGGAAAUAUGUCUGUCCUUGACGCUUUGAAAGGCGUCCUCAAACUCGCGCUUAUCCACGAUGGUCUCGCUCGUGGCCUCCGCGAAGCUUCCAAAGCCCUUGAUCGUCGCCAAGCCCACAUGUGUGUCUUAAAUGAAGGUUGUGAAGAAGAAGCAUACAAGAAACUGGUUGUCGCACUUUGCUCUGAACACAAAAUUCCUCUGAUCAAAGUACCUGACGGAAAGCAACUGGGAGAGUGGGCUGGAUUGUGCGUGCUUGAUAGAGAGGGCAACGCGAGAAAAGUGGUCAACUGCAGCUGCGUGGUUGUAAGAGAUUGGGGUGAGGAGAGCCAAGAACGAAGCGUGCUGUUGAACUAUUUCCAGACCGAGCAAUAA